AUGAGAGCGGCUUUCUUACCCCGGAGAGGCUUCUCCACUCCCCACGUACCCCAUUAUUGUCUCCGGAAUGCUCAGCGAACAUUGAUUGGGAGAGGAAUUCGAGCUAAUAGUUCUGCUGCCGGUACAAGCUCAAGCCAGCAAGGUGGCUCUUCAGACUCUGGAUCCUCAUCGAGAUCUUCUUUUUGGAUGCCGUUGCGGACCCUUUUUUUCUCCGCAUUUACUGCGGGGUUGGGCUAUGGCUAUGCUACGAACAACAGUCAGGCUUCACAGCUGUCAAAAACGGUGCAAUAUGGAUCGACAGGCGAUUUUGACAAGGCGAUCGCCGAACUACGAGCCAAGCUAGGUGAAGAUUCUAUCAGUACAGACGAAGAGGACCUUCAACAACACGGGUUCUCAGAAUGGUCCACUCUCAACGCCGAUCGCCUUCCAGUUGCCGUUGCAUACCCAACAUCAACCGAAGAGGUCUCGGAGAUAGCAAAAAUCUGUCACAAGUACCGAAUGCCCAUGAUCCCCUACUCUGGUGGAUCUAGUCUAGAGGCCAAUUUCUCUGCACCACACGGUGGAAUGACGAUCGACUUUGCCAUGAUGAAUAAGAUUUUGACAAUUCACGAGGACGAUAUGGACAUCAUCGUUCAGCCGUCUAUUCAAUGGAUGGAUCUUAAUGAGAAGAUUAAGGAUACGGGGCUAUUCUUCCCCGUGGAUCCUGGUCCCUCAGCGAUGAUUGGUGGUAUGGUGGGUACUAACUGUAGUGGUACAAAUGCUGUGCGAUACGGAACAAUGAAGGAUUGGGUGAUUAAUCUUACUGUUGUCCUGGCCGAUGGUCGGGUGAUCAAGACUAGAAGACGACCUCGCAAGACUUCAGCUGGAUAUAAUCUCACUGGUCUGUUUGUUGGAUCCGAAGGUACUUUGGGAAUCGUCACCGAGGCUACAUUAAAGCUGGCUCCUAUCCCUGAGUUGACUCGAGUUGGAGUUGUGGCCUUCCCCACUGUUCGCGACUGUGCUGCUACAGCUGCGCAGUUGAUUCGGAAGGGAAUCCCUGUGCAAUGUGUGGAGAUCAUGGAUGAGGUUCAAAUGGAUGUGAUUAAUCGUGCAGGUGGAACUGGUCGUCAGUGGGCUGUUGCUCCUACACUCUUUUUCAAAUUUUCUGGAACUACUGCUGGCGUUGCGGAUAGUGUCAAUUUGACUACAGUGAUUGCCAAGACAAACAAGGCUUCGUCUGUACAGUUUGCCAAGAAUGAAAAGGAGGCUCACGAUCUCUGGUCAGCACGUAAGCAGGCGCUUUGGAGUAUGAUGGCCCUGCGCACUGGGGGAUCAGAUGUCUGGUCAACAGACGUCGCCGUUCCUAUCUCUAGGUUGCCAGAAAUUAUUGGUGGGCAGAAUCUUCACAGAUUGAUUAAUCGAAGGAUGAAGCUAACAAUCACAGAAAUCUCUAAGCAGGACUUGGUUGAUUCUGGCUUAUUCGCCGGUAUUCUGGGACACAUUGGCGAUGGAAAUUUCCAUGCCAGUAUCAUGUUUGACCGUCAGAAUAAAGAAGAAACAGAGCGCGUUGAGGAGGUCGUAUACAAAAUGGUUGACCGUGCUCUCGAAAUGGAAGGCUCAUGCACGGGCGAGCACGGAGUCGGACUUGGUAAAAAAGAGUCGCUGAAGAAAGAGCUUGGGCCAGAGACGAUUGAUCUCAUGCGGAACAUUAAGCGCUCUUUUGAUCCACACUGGCUUUUGAAUCCUGGGAAGAUCUUCGACUUGGAGAAAUAUUCUUGA